AUGUCGUCUCGAUUUCCCCCUUCGUCCGGGUUUAACUCCCGCGACCGUUCCCCUCAACGAUUCGGGGACCGUCGCCAACCCGGCGGUCCGCGUGGCCUCGACGACGGGAGUCCUUCAUUCGGCAGAGAACCGCCCCGUGGUCCACGCGCACUCGUCGACUCCCCAGGUCGAGGCGGUUCCUUUGGGGGCAAUGAUCGCUUUGGUGGAGGUGGAGGUGGAGGUCGUGGACGAGGAUAUGGCCGUGGCGGUGACUUUCGAGACCGAGAUCGAGACCGCGACCCUCGAGAUCGCGACUUCAGAGACACACGCGAUGGACCACCCUUCCGGCGCGAUGUCGAUCGCGAAUAUGGAGGUCGCCGAGACCGUGAGUUCGAUCACCGGAACGAUCGCAUAGGUUUUGGUCGAGGUCGCUCCCGGUCACCCACACGCGACUUUCGUGAUUUAAGAGAUCCUCCUGGCCGCGAUUUCGAUCUGGUGCGCAUGCGACGUAACUCUCGGGACAGUAUCCUGUCUGCUUCCUCUGGAGGCCCAGAUGGUCCCCCUUCAACCGGUGGCCACCCUCAUGGCGGUGGCUCAAUGCGUGGCCGUGGUGGACGAGGCGACUGGGAAGGAGGCCGAGGACGUGGUCGUGAGCCUUUCCGCCGUCGAAGUCGGUCUCGUGAUGGUCGCAUGGGCUGGCCGGGUCGUGGACGACCCUCUAUCCUGGAUCGUGACCGUGAACGAGAUCUUCUGGAUAGGGAUCGUCCCAUUGACCGCGAGCGCGGGCUCGUGCUUGACCGGGAUCGGGAUCGCGAUGCUGUACCCGUGCGGGAUCGAGACCGAGAUCGUGAAAUGGACCGGCGUGAUCGAUUCGAGCGCAGGGACGACUGGGAAGUUCGACGUCCAGAUCGUGAGGAUCGAGACCGACCUGUGGAGCCUUGGAAACGCGAUCGUCCACCCAGCCGAACAGAUAAUCGUGGCUCAAUUGCCUCAACUAUCGCCUCCACAUCCCAUGUCACCCCCGUGCCAGGCCCGACACUACCAGAUCGGUUGUCUGAGCAUGACGCCACCGAGCAAACACACCGAAAAGCAUCAAUCAUUUCCGGUCCCUCAACGACGGAUAUUCGACGUGAUAGUGAUCGACCAGACCCGGCUCCUGUUCGAUUCGAACCUCCCAAGGAUGUAGGGCUUCUGGGUCAGCAGUCUCCUCCUCCAUCUGCUCCCCAAGUUCCUGCGUUCGGCUCUGUGUCUGCACCCAUCCCGGCUGUACCUACCGCUAAAGCACCUCCCGCUGAAAAUCGGACGUCCAAUGAGCCAGCUCCCCAUACAAAAAAAGACCGACAACCGUUCCAACCACCCACUGGCCCGAAAGCUGAACGAAGCCAGUCAUUGCAACCACUCGAAUCCCGUGUCCAUUCUUUCGAUGGCAAUCACCGCCAGGAAGAGGCGGCUCGCGCCGCAAGAGCGUCCACUCACCUGUCUGACCGAUCCCCGCCAACCGCCCCCGCGGCAAUGGCGAAACGAGAUUCGAUUUCCGGAAAUGGUGAACCAUACACGCUCGGAAAGCCCAGUGUAGUCACCACCUCCCCGACCUUUGCUCGAAUUCCCCCGCCUGCUCCUCGAGCGCUCUCCAGGGAUCCUUCGAUCUCCCCUCGCAUGCAACCCUCGAGCAUUCCAACUGGCCCACGAGCUUAUCAGCGGCGGCCAAGCUCCUCGCCGCGUGGUGGUGGUAAUAAGGGGAUUAAAGCCUGGGGCCGUUCUAAUUUUAGUCGCGCUCCGUCUGUAUCCAGUGCGCCGCCAAAGAAAGAGUCUGAGGAGCACGAGGGGAAGAUAGCUUCCGAUGACAAACUCCAUCAAGAGGCUCCGCCCGUAUCGACAAUUGCGGAAGAGGAGCCCAGGAUUAUCAAGGAUGCUGCAUCCGAGGCAAUGAGGACUACCCCUCCCCCGUCUGAGUCCAUGAAACUUCCCAUCAGAACUAGUCCACAACCUGUCUCAUUUGCAGAGGCCACACCCGUGGCAGACAAAGAAGAAGUAGAGACGGCAGAAUCCACACAACCUCGUAAUGUUGAACCGAUCAACGGUGACCACGAACCAGAAGCAGCGAAGGAGGAGAAGCCAGACGUGGAGAUGGAGGUCGAGGAAGAAGAGGAGGAAGAGAAAGCGCUGUUCACCAAGGAGUAUUUGGAAGAGCGAAAGCAGACAUUCGAAAGAGACAUGCAGUCACUUCGAUCUGAACUGCCCCCUUCACCUUUGGAGGACCCGAAUAUUGUCUCUCUUUUGCUGAGAAUUCAGAUGCUUGGUAAGAUUGCUCAUCAAGAGCAAGUCCGACAGCCCGCUGCGCCGAUUCCAUCAGUGGAGGAGCAAGAACAGCCCUUGACCGUCACAACGGAAGAGAAAGUGGUUUCUUUUGCCCCGACAGUUCUUGAACGUGAAUCAGAGCCUGUUCCCCUCACAGUCGUUCCUCAGAUCGACGCCCACGAUGACAUUACUGUCGAGAGUCUGCCAUUCUUGCAUUCGGGACCCCCCACUCCCAUCUCUGACCUGGAAGUAUGCCACGAGAACAAUUCCACCCAGGAAAGGCUCAAGGGUAUGAUCCAGGGCGAGCUUUCCAGACGGCAAAAGGAAGUUGCGAAGAAGAAUGCCGUCCUUCGGGAAGAGUACAUGUCGUAUUACAAACAAUGGCGAUUGGCCGUGUGGGAAAUGGAUCGUCUGAAGGAAAAGAAGCCCAUGACACCCGGUCCUGCCUCCCCUCCGGCACCUCCUGUCCCAACUCCUCCGGCAGCCGUUCCUGAAGGUCGGGAAGGCCGGCGAUACAAAGGCAACAGUGAACUUGACUUCUUGAAUGCAUUGAAAGCAUCUGAAAUUUCGGCCCAGGAGGAGCUUGAACGCCGAAGAACCAAAAUGGCGACUGCUCGACCCGAUCUUGCCCGCGAAGCGGUGAUCCCGGACAUGCUGGAACCGCGAGAGGUGAAAGUCAACAUCUACAAGGAUGUCAACAACACCAUCGACCCUAACCACGCAAUGGACGUGUUUGGUUUUCUGCCACCACCCAAUGACUUCACCCCAGAAGAGCAUCAGUUGUUCACAGAUGCUUUCAUGGCAUACCCGAAGAAAUGGGGCAAGAUUGCAGAGUCCUUGCCUGGUCGUGAUUUCAAGCAGUGCAUCAUUCACUACUAUCUCACCAAGGAGGAAAUCAAGUACAAGGCGAAGCUUAAUAAGCGCUGGAGCCGACGAGGUAGAGGCAAGGCCCGCUCCUCUCGACCCAAGUCAAAUGCUUUGAUUGCCGAUUUGGGAGUUGUCAAGUCUGACUUUGACGGUGAAGAAGAUCAGCCUCCCGCUGUCACUGACACUGGACGCCCACGGCGUGCGGCAGCACCCACCUUUGGUGAUUCAAAUGAAGCUGAAGGCGCCGCCUCCAAUGGUCGCCGAGGCCAAGCCGCCAAAGAUGGUGAGCUCGUAGAGAAACCUGUUGUUCGGCGUGGCGGACGUACUGCCGGUGCUCGUACUCAACGACGUGGUGGGAAAACCGCCCAACUGGAUCCCAAAGCCCAGGGCCCGGCGCCUCAGGCUCAGGGUAUUAAUCCUCCUCUUGCUGCGGCCGCCGCCAAGGUGGAAGCGGGCGUGGAUGGAAUGAUCGAGGCCGUCUUGCCACAGGAGAAGGAAGUUGUGGAGAAAGAGGCUCCACCACCUGCCCCGCGUCCCAGAGCCGGACGUGGAAAGGCGAAGGAGGGGAUGUAUGUCUUUGAAUCCACUGAAGCCGAACCGGCCAUGGCGACACCCAAAGCCUCCGAGAGUGGUUAUGGGUCUCUGCAGCCGACCAGCUACUGGUCUGUGCCAGAGCAACGUGAUUUCCCACGUUUGCUGGCACACUUUGGUCGUGACUUCGAGGGCAUCUCGAAUUUUAUGAAGACCAAGACGACGGUCAUGGUGAAAAAUUAUUACCAGCGACGUCUUGACUCGGGACAAAAAGAUUUCGAAGAGACCGUGCUCAUGGCAGAGGAAAAGAAAGCUCGCGGGGAGCCGACUGGCCCACUUCCAGUCCCCAGCGUUGCUCCAAAGCGCCGCUAUGAAGCAACUCCAUCGGCCAUUAAGAUGGACGAUUCCCCUCCAAGGGGCAAACCAAUUGCCAUGUCACCUCAACCCAUGCAAUUGCACGGCCGGCCCAUGCCUGAGAACGAACGGACUGCUAGUCGUUACGCGCCUCUUGCGCAAGCUUCCACUGCCGCAACUGCCCCGUCAGUUGCUGCUACUCUCGGUGAGGAUCCUUCUCGGGCAAUGCGAACACAGGCUCCCUCCUCUCGAGUGCCAGGUCCCCGCCUAGGAUUCUUCACUGAUGACCGUCGGGAUUCGGCGAUUCUACCAGCCACCGGCCAGCGUACGCAAGAAAUGCAGAUGCCAUCGCGUCAUACAGGGGCAGCGGGUAUGCCCCAAGAGCUGUCCCGAAUGGAUCCUAUGACCUCGCAGGCUUACAUGCCGGGACAACCGCCUCCAUCUCUUCUACCUCCGUCUCAUUCCCGCCAUACCAGUCUUACUCAGGCUCCAGGAUCACCCUCGCAACUCUCACGACCGGAGCUCGACAUAUCCUCUGUUCACCGCGAUCAUUUCGCACAAAGGGCUUAUUACUCGCUACCCGGACAACAAGUUGGACUUUCUCACUCUCCUCGCCCGGGUCUUUCACCAGUCAAAGAUGCUCCGCGUCCCAGCGCCACACCAGGCCCCGACUCAACUCCCCGGCAAGUGCCUGCUAAACGUUCUAACAUUAUGAGCAUUCUCAAUGACGAGCCCGAAGAGCCUCAGCCACGGAAGCGGUUUGCCAGUGAGGUCCCAUCUGGCCCUGGUCACGGUCCUGGCUCUGUGUCUGCGUCAAGGUCUAUCUACCAACCUGGCGAACAAGCUCGUCUUGAGGAUACAGGUCUUCCAGGAUCUGGGCAGAAACCCUCCGGCUACGGCCAGCCUAGCCCGUACCAGACACCGUCCCGUGGCUAUCCGGAGUAUGGCAACUAUGGACCACCUCAGGGCAGCUCAGGGACUCCGGCGAACAAUGACUGGAUGGCCCGCUUCGAUCCUAGGGCGCAACAAGCAGGUCCACCAGCACAAGCUCAGCCGCCACCUCCACCUCAGUCAUCCCAAAGUGGUCGUCCGGUUUCGUCACUGGCUGCUCAAGGUCCCUAUGGACACUAUGCAUCCGCUCAACCUCAACACGCUGGGCCAUUGAACGCCAUGCCUGUACCAUCUCCUGCUCCCACUCCGCCACCGGCUGGCUCUCAACGAUCUGGGUACCCUAGCGUCUUCUCGCAACAUGGUGUCCCAUCCGGUGCCCGUGAGAUGCCCUCCCAGCCCUCAGCGUACCGACCUGCAUCGCCUCCUCCACGAGCGAGCAGUGCUGUCUAUGGCUCCCGUCCCGAGCCACCCACACCGGCUCAGCAACCGGCCAAUCUCUUUGCUAUGGCGCCUCGCCAACCUGGUUCGCAGCCUUCGUACUCUCCUGCCGGGCCGUCCACCCCUGCUACGCAGCAACACAAUCAAAGCUACCAGCAGCACGUCCAAACCCUGGUCAAUGGAUCUCACCAGCCCCAUCGCUCAAGCCCCGUGGGUUUGGCCGGUGGCCCUUCACAAUAUGGACGCAACACUCCCCCUCCGCAGGCGCAGGGUCGCUCGAUGCCAUCACUAGCAAGUCUCGGACGGUCCUACACACCUCCAUCGGCCAUGCAUCAUGGUGGCAUGGGCUACGCGCCGCCACCGCCGUCGUCAUCAAGUGGAAUGCCGCCUUUGCAUCAACGACCACCUGGCCCAGGUGAACACCCCGUUCACACACCGGGUCAUCACCGUGUCUACAGCCAAGGUUCGGCUCAAGGGGGUCUACCGGGUCAAUUACAUCCGUCAUCGCAGCCGCCUCGCUAA